UACGUGGGUCAUUUUGACAAAUCCAUCAAAUUCACAAAACCUUUACAAUCAGAUUUCGAAAAAACCCUAAAUCAUCAAAUUCACCGGAGAAGAUGAAGAAGGGAAGCUUCUCGAUCGUCCGUCAGGUCUUCCAGCGCCGUUUCUCCACACUCCGGUCGUCGCGACCCUCCGCGCUGUCCAGUUCCGCCCGAUCGCUUAUCGCGUCCCCAAGCUCGACACCGUCGCAGAUCCCUAGAAACUCGUUGUUACCUGCCUCCACCUUCGUCUCGUCGUCCAUCGCGUCUAACUUCUCCACCACUUGUUUUCCCAGCACGAGAAGCCUCUGUUCAUCAGCUGGAGGUGGAAAUGGUGUUGUUAUAGUGAAGUCAGAGGAAGAGUUCAUCAAUGCUAUGAGCAAAGCUGAAGGUGGAUCUUCCCCGUCGAUCUUCUACUUCACUGCCGUCUGGUGUGGACCAUGCAGGUUUAUUGCUCCUGUGAUAGAGGAGCUUAGUAAACAGUAUCCUGAUGUAACAACCUAUAAGAUCGACAUUGAUGAGGGUGGACUUUCAAACACUCUGAGCAACCUGAGUAUCACGGCUGUGCCAACACUGCAGUUCUUUAAAGAAGGCUCGAAAAAGGGUGAGAUUGUGGGGGCAGAUGUUGCGAAGCUGAAGAAUCUCAUGGAACAGCUCUACAAGUGAAUUAAUAUACCAAUGUUGAAAUAGCUGCGACUUGGAACGUGCAAUGUGCAAGAGUGUAGUUUAAGACUAUCCCUGUCCUGUCCAAUAAAAUCAGGGGCAAGUAUUUGUUUCCCAGUGACUCGCUUGUUGGGGGAUAUUGUUUUGUUGAGAGCCCCGUGUCUUCUCCAAACAUGAGUAGAUUGAAAUCAUAUGAUUUAACAAGGGAAUUGAAAUGAGAAUCUCUUCUGAAAAA